UUAUUUAUUUAUUUUCCUUUUCAAGUGAAUUUCUUUUCUUACUUUCUCUCUCCCCCUCUUCUUCUUCUUCCUCUUCUUCUUCAUCUGUCACUCUUGAUGCCCCCAUUGAUUAUUUUGUCGUUUACAUAAUCAACACUACUUAUCAACCAUAAUCAUAGAGGGGCAAAAAAAGGGUAAUAAGAAAAAUAUAUAAAGUUUUAAUCUUUAUUAUUUUUUUACAAAAAUGGGCCAUUUUUAUAGUAAAUAAAAAUUAAAUCUUUAUUUUUUUUGAGGGUUUUUUUCUUGUUGUUGUGAAGCAAGAUUUUUAUUGUAGCUGUUGUUAGGUCAUUGGUUGUGUUGUGCGUCUAUUGUUGUUUUUUUUAGGAAGACUGUUUCUCUCUCUAAUUUUUCUCUUUCUACCGAUUUUCUCUCUCCUCUCCAUUGCACAAAAUUUGCAGAAGCUGUGUCACUACUCCAUGAAGAUGCUAGUGGCAUUGCUUCUGCUAUCGGCGCUUAGCAAUGCAAUUGUAGUACUCGGUAAUGAUAGCAAAGAACAAUGCAGCCACAAGCCCAAAUUGGACCCUAGACCUCACAGUGUAUCCAUUGUCGAGUUUGGCGCUGUUGGAGAUGGAAAAACAUUGAAUACGGGAGCGUUUCAAAAUGCCAUUUUCUAUCUCAACUCUUUUGCUGAUAAGGGUGGCGCACAAUUAUAUGUGCCACCAGGGAAGUGGCUCACCGGGAGUUUCAAUCUUACUAGCCACCUCACUCUUUUCUUAGAGAAGGAUGCUAUUAUCCUUGGAUCACAGAAUCCAGAUCAUUGGGGAGUAACUGAUCCAUUGCCAUCAUAUGGUCGUGGAAUAGAUGUUCCGGGAAGUAGAUAUCGAAGUUUAAUAAACGGAUAUAAUUUAUCUGAUGUAGUAAUUACCGGUAAUGAUGGAACUAUUGAUGGUCAAGGAUCGUAUUGGUGGGAUAGUUUUCUCACUCAUACAUUAAAUCAUAGUCGCCCUAAUCUGGUGGAGAUUGUGGAAUCCGUUGGGGUUGUAGUUUCAAACUUAACAUUUUUAAAUGCACCAGCCUACACCAUUCAUCCGGUUUACUGCAGUCAUGUACUCGUACAAAAUAUAUCAGCUUAUUCACCACCUUCAUCACCUUAUACAAUUGGUAUUGUGCCAGAUUCUUCAGAUCACAUGUGUAUUGAAAAUUGUAACAUAAGCAUGGGUUAUGAUGCCAUCACUCUCAAAAGCGGCUGGGACGAGCAUGGUAUAAAAUAUAAUAGGCCGACGACUUGUGUGCAUAUCAAACAAGUCAACCUUCAAGCAUCAACAGGUUCUGCCGUGGCAUUUGGCAGUGAGAUGUCUGGUGGAAUUUCUCAUGUUCUAGCUGAACAUCUGGACAUUAAAAACUCAUUCACAGGUAUCGUCUUCAGAACUGCACCAGGACGAGGGGGAUACAUAAAGAACAUAGAAGUGUCAUCUGUUGAAAUGGAAAAUAUUCACACAGCAUUUAUUGCAAGCGGUCAAUAUGAAUCUCACCCCGAUGAAGAAUAUGACCCAAGUGCCCUGCCCAUUUUGGAGCAAAUUACAAUCAAUAAUGUUGUCGGGGUAAAUAUUACAGUAGCUGGUAGCUUCACUGGUAUUGAAAAUACUCCUUUUGAGUUUACUUUGUCAGAAAUCUCCUUAUCCUUGAAUUCAGCUUCAACCUCAACUUCAGCUUGGGUGUGUUCCGAUGUUGUUGGAUCUUCCAAGAGUGUCUCUCCCGAGCCUUGCCCUGAACUCAAGAGCUCUUCCGAUUCAAAUUCUCUCUCUUCCUCCAUUACCACCUUAAGUUCCAAAGGAUCGGCCUCAUAUUUAUAAUCAUCCCUGCUCGGCGCAGGGAAAAGGGAAAGAGUUGGGAUUCUUCUAUCUUCAUCAUUGCUUCUUCACAAGCACCAAUAGCAUAGAUUCUUUCCAAUAAGUUCAAAAGUAUAUUUUCAUUUCAUUAUUCAUCUUGUUGCAUUCUUGCAUUUUUACUCAUAAAAAAAAAAAAACAAAAAAAAACAAAAUCUGCAUAUUAGUGUACAGCUUCAUUUCUUCAUUCUUGUGUAAGCAAAUUUUUGGUAGUGGUGACAGAAAGUAUCAAGAAAAAAGUGCAAUGCUGUGUAUUUUACAUUAAUAUUUACAUGUUAAUGUUCUUUUUGUUUUUA